AUGAAGCUCUUGCGACCUCAAACACCCGCGAAUAUUGCUGCUCUUCUUUUUGUGGCAGCAAGAGGCGGCUUUGCUCUUGCUGACGAGGUCGAGCUAAGCGUCGAGGCGUACACUGAGGACACUUCCUGCUCCGAGGUCGUCUACGUGGAGAUUGGCUCAGAUGCCUGUCCAGAUGCUUCGAGUUGCUCGGCUGAGAACGACGAGGUCGGCGGGUUUCAAUACGCUGUCAGCACGAGCUGCACCACAGACCGGACCGCGUACUUCGCGACGGCAUUCAAAGGCCAAUCGUACCUGACUAUCGAAACGUACGCGUCAAGCUGUGUGGAGGAGUUGUACGACACACGCUCCUAUCUCGCCGACGGGGAAUGUCACCCGUACAAGUACGGCCACUUCAAAAUCGGCGAGGGCGAUGAUAACACGACGUCGGUUUUCAUAUCCGAUUCAGGUUGCGACAGCACCGACUGGAACGAGGAUUGGUCUGCGCUGACGGACUCCGAGCUCAACACGGGAGCCUGCAUCACGAACGGUAUGGUCGUAUUUCGUUCAAGGCUCGAGCUCGAGUUCGAGUUCGACCGACUCUGUCGACACUUCUAG